AGACCAGAAACAAAGAACUGGAGGAGAUAAAAGAUGAGUAUCCAGAGACCUACAACUAUCAGACGACAGUGGAGUCAGAGGAGGAGGAGGACCCAGAGAUCUACUGCUAUAAGGAGGAAGUGGAGUCACUGAAGGAGGAGUCAGAGACAAUCAAACCUGAACAAACACAGAACAGCAGCAGCUCAGACAGUCAGGAGAUGUUAGGAGACAUCACUGUGGUGUUUAAUGGCAAGACCAAAUAUAUAAGUCUACAAAACGAGUCUGAUCAGCACAAACCACUGGGAGGACGUCAGUUAAAAGUCCAGAUCAACAAUAAUGAACCCAUCACAUACACAGUUGAUCCAUCAAUGAAACUCAAGGCUGGAAAGGAAAUUACUAUAUGCCAUCCAGACCAUAAGCCUCUUUUUACUGUAACUGGUGACCUGGUGUGGAUGGACCUGAAGUCCUGGAAGUCUGGAGACAGAGUCCAGGUCUCUCUGCAGUGAAAUAGUUCCCAGUUGAACUCCUUCAAUAAAGUUCAGUAAUCCAGCAAACAGCAACAUUAUAGAUGAGAAACAGCACGACUCAGAUCUUCCUG